GGAGGAGGAGGAGGCGGUAAUGGCGGAGCUGGUGCAGGGCCAGAACGCGGCUCCUGUGGGGAUCAAGGCCGAGGGCUUCGUGGACGCGCUGCACCGGGUCCGGCAGAUUGCUGCUAAAAUUGGAGAUGCAAUUCCUCACUUGAAUAAUUCCACGCCACUAGUGGACCCAUCAGUCUAUGGUUAUGGAGUGCAAAAGCGGCCCUUGGAUGACGGAGUAGGUAACCAGUUAGGGGCCCUGGUACAUCAAAGGGCAGUAAUAACAGAAGAAUUCAAAGUGCCUGAUAAGAUGGUUGGGUUUAUUAUCGGCAGGGGAGGUGAGCAGAUUUCACGGAUUCAGGCGGAAUCUGGAUGCAAGAUUCAGAUCGCUCCAGACAGUGGUGGGAUGCCAGAGAGGCCCUGUGUGCUUACCGGAGCCCCAGAAAGUAUUGAACAAGCCAAACGGCUAUUGGGACAGAUUGUUGACCGCUGUCGGAAUGGGCCUGGCUUCCAUAACGACGUAGAUGGCAACAGCACAAUUCAGGAGAUUCUCAUCCCGGCAUCUAAAGUGGGGCUAGUUAUUGGCAAAGGAGGGGAAACGAUAAAACAGUUGCAGGAGCGGACAGGGGUGAAAAUGAUUAUGAUCCAGGAUGGCCCUUUACCUACUGGAGCAGACAAACCUCUCCGUAUUACCGGAGAGCCUUUUAAAGUACAGCAAGCGAGGGAAAUGGUCCUAGAGAUCAUCAGAGAGAAAGACCAAGCCGACUUCCGAGGCGUACGCAGUGAUUUCAGCUCCCGAAUGGGAGGCGGCAGUAUAGAGGUGUCUGUGCCUAGGUUUGCAGUGGGUAUCGUAAUCGGAAGAAAUGGGGAAAUGAUCAAAAAGAUCCAGAAUGAUGCUGGCGUGAGGAUCCAGUUUAAACCAGAUGAUGGGAUUAGUCCUGAAAGGGUUGCACAAGUCAUGGGGCUUCCUGAUAGAUGUCAACAUGCAGCACAUAUCAUCAAUGAGCUCAUUCUUACCGCACAGGAACGAGAUGGCUUCGGAAGCCUCGCCGUCGCCAGAGGCAGGGGUCGUGGCCGCGGAGAUUGGAGUGUUGGAACGCCUGGGGGGAUGCAGGAGAUAACGUACACGGUCCCGGCGGAUAAAUGCGGCCUGGUUAUAGGAAAAGGGGGCGAGAAUAUCAAAAGUAUAAACCAGCAGUCAGGCGCCCACGUAGAGCUUCAGCGGAACCCACCUCCCAACACCGACCCCAGUGUGCGGAUAUUCACCAUCAGGGGAGUCCCGCAGCAGAUCGAGCUCGCCAGGCACCUCAUAGAUGAAAAAGUUGGGGGUACCAGUAUGGGCGCGCCCGGAGGCUUUGGGCAGAGUCCUUUUAACCAAGCACCCGCCACACCUCAUCAAAACACCUUUCCUCCGAGGAGCUCAGGGUGCUUUCCAAACAUUGCUGCUAAAGUGAACGGUAACCCUCACAGCAACCCUGUGAGCGGUCCUCAGGCUUUCAUGACGCAGGGUUGGGGGAAUACCUACCAGACGUGGCAGCAGCCCGGACAGCAGGUCCCAAAUCACAGCGGUGCCCAGGCAGGCCAGGUGGAGUUUGCCAAAGCCUGGGAGGAUUAUUAUAAGAAACUAGGCCAGCAGAGCCAGCAGCAGAACAGCCAGCCCGACUACAGCAAGGCAUGGGAGGAGUAUUACAAGAAACAGAGUCACGCCGCCAAUGCUGCUUCUCAGGCAAGCUCCCAGCCGGACUACACUAUGGCCUGGGCGGAGUAUUACAGACAGCAGGCUGCUUUCUAUGGGCAAACAUUAGGGCAGGCUCAGGCCCACAGUCAGGAGCAGUAGAACAACGUCCUUGGGGCGGAUUUUUUUUUUUUUCCCUCUUGGAAUCAUUGUGGAAGAAAACCUUUUUGUAACAGAGGUUUCUAGAUUUGCAACAUUUUGAUGAAGACUUUUCUGUUUGUGAAACACUAGUUGUAGGAUAAUCUAUACUGAACUUUUCUAAGAAUCAGGAACAAUUAGUAAUGUACUAAACUUAUGGACAUACUGGUUAUUAUGGGUUUUGUUUUGGUUUUUUUUUUUGUUCUGUUUUGUUUUUUUUUUUUAUCCGUUUCCAAAUUUGUAAACUCUGGGAUUCUUUUUGGAGAAGUCAGAGCAUUACAAGCACCAAAAUGCACCCCAGAGCAACGACAUUUCAAUAUGUGGCUUUUUGUGUGUGUGUGUUCUCCUCUUCAUUUUCAAUCUUUUCUGUUGCAACAGAAAGAGUGGCUUGGAAGUCUUAGGUGGUAUGUAACAAAUCCUAAAAAAAAAUUUUUAAAAAAGCAGUAUUUAAAUAUUCUUAAAUAUGUAAAUUCAUUAAAUGUUUUACUUCUAAUUUCUUGUAUCUUGGCUGUCUGAUUUUAUUGCAUUUUAAAAAAAAAUGAACUAUGGUAUGUAUUGUAAUUAAUUAUGUGAAUUCUGUAUUGAGACAGUUGCUGUUUUGCUGUCAGGCAAGUUAUGGGAGGGGGCAUUUUGUAGGGUUUGUAUAAUUUCUAGAGUUCUAAAGGGGUAAUAUAAAAUGUGUUAAUUUUUUUAGCAAUACAUUUUUUUCAUGUUUCCAUUGCUGGUUGCAUUUGUGUAUCUAAGACCUCCAAGCUUGUUUUAAAAACAAAAGAAACCCCUUCCUCUAUGCUCUCAGAAAUAUAAAUACUGUUAUUUUUAAUAUUAAAAUGAAUCUGCUAUUAGUACCUUUAACAAACACUGUGGAACAUUAAACCGUAUAAAAGGUAGUAACUAUUUUUUAAUUCCAGGGUGUUUUUUGCUUUUUUCAUUUUUCUUUGAAAUAUUUUCUUAUCUAAUAUUUGUCAAAUUACCUAGAGAAAUAAAUGAAUCUAGUAUUAACCACAGUAUGCGUUAAAUAAUUUUGAUUUAAUAAAAGGGAUACUAUGAUUUCCAAUGUUUACUGUAGUGUUUCUUGUACAGAUAACAGUGUAUUUUUAAAGGAAAAAAAAAACGGAAUUGAAGCUAUUUUUUCUUGCAUUUUUAAUUGACCUGCGGGACAUUCCGUUUUGAAAUGUACUGAAGUUACUGUUCUUGGUUUUCCUCUUUCCUCUUAUUUUCCUUAUAAUGCUUGAAAUGUCUAACGAUAAAAAAAAAAAGCAAUUGGAUAAUGGUGAGCAUGAUGUUAAAAAAAAAAAGGUGUUCUUUUUAUUUGACUGACAGUUGCAUUUUACACUCUAUAUAAUAAAAUUUCCACAAGGCG